GGAAGCGGUGUCAGAGGCCGGGAGCCGGGCGGGCGGGCGGACUUGUUGUUCUUCGCGAAGUCGGAGCCGGAGCGCGCGGCGCGGGCGGUGGCCGCGGGGAGCGAGCGCGAGGGGAGAGAGCGCGAGCCCAGGAGCCGCCGCGCGCCCGCGCCUGCGCGACGCCAGUGACAACUCCCAGUGCUUGUCGGGUGCCGGUGCCAGGUUAUGACGACGACUCCCAGACCGAACAAGGCACUAAAGCUGUGUGCCCCGCAGGUCAAGAAGGAGGCGGGCGAGAACGCCCCGGUGCUGAGUGACGAUGAGCUGGUGUCCAUGUCGGUGCGGGAGCUGAACCAGCACCUGCGUGGCCUGACCAAGGAGGAGGUGGUGCGGCUGAAACAGCGGCGUCGCACUCUCAAGAACCGCGGCUACGCCGCCAGCUGCCGCAUCAAGCGCGUGACGCAGAAGGAGGAGCUGGAGCGGCAGCGGGUGGAGCUGCAGCAGGAGGUGGAGAAGCUGGCCUCGGAGAACGCCAGCAUGCGGCUGGAGCUGGACGCACUGCGCUCCAAGUACGAGGCCCUGCAGACCUUUGCCCGCACCGUGGCCCGCAGCCCCGUGGCGCCCACCAAGGUGGCCACCACCAGCGUCAUCACCAUCGUCAAGUCGGCCGAGCUCGCCAGCUCCGUGCCCUUCUCAGCCACGACCUAGUGCGGGCGGGACGCCCCUUGGGGAUGGACCUGGGGGCCUCCCCAGGCUGGGCAGUGGGGCCAGAGGCGUCGCUCUUGGUCCACGGGACCUGUGUCCCCACCACGUGCCUGUCUGUGCCCUGGCCAGUGGGCGGGCGCCUGCACUGACCCCCGGACUCUGACGGAGGCCGGCUCUGCAGGACACACGUGGCCCUGGGUGACCUUUGCCCAAGCCGCUGCUCACACACUGUGGGGGGGUGGGGGUGCCCAUAGGAGGGAUGUGGGUGCAGGUGGGGAGACAUUCUCUCUGCGUCGGGGUGACUGAGGGGCCUCUGGUGAGGCUGGGACGGGGACUGCUGCCCUGGGGCUCCAGCGCCGCCCAGGCUGGCCAGACCUUCUGCGCCCGCUCCCCGGGGCUCAGAUGCUGAGGACAUUGGAGCCUUUCCCAGAGCACUGGGUUCUGGGAAAGGCGGGCGUGCCCUCAGCGCCCCUGCCCGGCAGACCCCCUCACCAUGCCCCAGGGAGAGGUGGGUGACAGCCGGCACCAGAGGCCACAGCACGGCUAAGGGCCUGCUGGGGCAGAGGGCAGGCCAGCUGUCAAUGCCGUAGCACGGUAGGUAAUCCACAUUGGAUGUCAUCGGGCCACGGGGAAAUAUUUAAAAGAGAGACUUCUAUAUAUAUAUAAAAUUAUAUCACAUUUUACCGUACAGAGUUUUCGUACCUUUUUCUCCAGUUUGAUACUGUAAAGCCGGACACGCAGAGCCACGCCGCGGGCCCCCAGCGUCCCUCCCACUGCGGUGUGUCCACCGUCACAGUGUGAAGCUGGAUUUUUUAUUUAAGAAACAGCCCCUAGUCGGGGCAGCCCACCUUCCUGCCCCCCACAAGCCGGCCCAGGGGAGCGGGUGCUCCGUUUCGUGCUGCUGCUUCCUGUGAUCUAAGUUACUGACGAGCCCUGAGCUCCUCAGCCCCCUAAUUUAUUGUUCUUCAUCUGCUGCAGCGCUUUGUACCGUCAAUAAAGUUUUCUAGGCCCUGCGAGCA